AUGGACAUAGACCACAACGACCUUGGCACAUCUGAUAUGGACACCGAUGAUGAGCCAGAGGCCACAGAGGAUGAUGAGCCAGAGCCUAUGGAAGGUAUCGAAUACUCUGAGAAUCUCGGCUCAUUUCCUCCGAUCACUCCGCCUUCUCGUCGGCCCUCUCUACUCAGAAACCAUAUCAGCUCUAGGCCUAGACCAUCGAGAACACCUGAUCGCUUCGUGUUCAACAGGAACCUUGACGUGCAACCUCGAGAGAGAUUCAUGCUAUCCAGUCCUCCCCAGGAACUGACUGCUAACGACAGAUGGAGUCGUCGGCAAUCUUAUGCCCACGAUGCCUUUGGAUCCAGCACAAAGGUCACCCGAGGUCCGAGACUUGCAAAACCUCCAGUCGUAACCCGCACUUCCAGGACUCCGAGCUCAUUCAUGAGUAGUCGUGUCAACCCUCUCGGCCUGAUUACUCCUGACAGUCCUCGAGAGGUAAGUCAAGGCGCUGUAUGGAAUGUCGGAGGCUCGUCCCCUGUUAGCCCUACCGAUGGUGUUCGAAGCAUAAGCAAUGGUCGAGGCGGCCACAUCACCAGCGGCACAAACGCUCCAAUGUUCAGAUCGGACUUCUCCAAUCACGUCCACGACGAUACCGACUAUGUGCACAUCCAUGGAAAGCGUCUGAGUGCCGCUAUGGAACUUGAUCAAGCCAACAGGGUCCUGGACCAAGGUUCUGGUCUGCUUACUCCAGGACGAUCGCCCGACGCCGAUGCUGCCGUUGGUUUCAGCCCUACUAUCUGGCGAAACAAUGAAUGGACAAAACCCGGUUCUCCUCCACUUCUGGAUGCACCUGCUCUUCGUGACGACUACUACUGUUCUCUUCUGGCAUACUCGGAUACAGCAAAGUGUCUCGCAGUCGGCCUUGGGCCACAAGUUUAUACGUGGUCUGAGACUCGAGGAGUUGAAAGUCCUGAGAGUCUUGGUCAACCUUUUUCUGGACACGUUACAUCGCUUUCGUUCUCAUCGACAGAAGCUGAAAGGUCCAUUCUUGCUGUUGGGCGAUCUGAUGGAUCCAUAACACUCUGGUCUCCCUCGGAAGAGGCUCCGCGAUUCAGCUACACACAUCGCUCUUCAGUCUGUUGUGUCUGCUUUGGUCCCCGAACCUUUCGCAGAGCAUCUAUCCAACACCCUGGAGUCAAAGUGCAGGUAGAGUGUCUAUUGGUCGGCGAUGAAGCUGGCCAUAUCUACCUCUACUCGGUCGAAUGGCCGGACAAGGAAAACGUGGACAUCUUCGCAUGGCCUGGCAGUAUGACAGUUCUUGCACGUCUAGAUCUCCACACGCAGCAGAUCUGCGGUCUGGCCUGGAGCCCCGACGGUCAAUUCUUCGCUUCAGGCGGUAAUGACAAUGCGCUGUGCGUCUUCGAAACACGACGGGUUCUGCAGCUCGAAAAUAUAACGGCACACCACUUGAUCAUGGUGAGGAAUGACUUUGUUUACUAUCCACCCGCUGGUCAAGAAGAAGCACUGUGGAUCUUGCCAGGCCAAGAAAGUCAUCAUUACAUGCUGAAUGCGGCGGUCAAGGCCCUUGCUUUCUGUCCGUGGCAGCCGUCUCUGCUAGCAGCGGGUGGAGGUAGCAAUGACCGCUGCAUCCACUUCUACCAUACCGUAUCUGGAGCGAAGCUUGCAACCAUCGACUGUUCGUCUCAGGUCACGAGCUUGGUCUGGAGCAGAACUCGCCGCGAGAUUGCUGCUACAUUUGGGUUCACACAACCGGAUCAUCCUAUCCGUUACGGUGAAGAGCGUGCUCUCUGGGCUAUCGGAUUUCCUGGCGGCCCUGAUAGUUCCCCCCCUGGCGAAGGCUCGGGCAGAUCAUCGGCAAGAGAAGGGACACCAUGGUAUGCGAGACGAACCCGUGCAGAAGGCUGUCUGGUUGUGGCCUCCAGCGAUUCGAGCAUCAAGUUCCACGAGGUCUGGAGCGAGGAGCCGACGUCAUAUCGCAGUGGACCAGUGACACCCAUGGGGACGAGCAUGGGUCUCAUGGGCUGUCUUGGAGGAAGUGAUAUCCUCGAGUCGUUGCAUGGGGUGGAGAAGGAGGGCACUCCGGUGAUUCGGUAG